AUGAGCAGCUGCAUUAUUUUACAUAAAUUUGAAUUUUGUCCAAAUAAAGGAUUUGAUUUUUCUGGGAACGAAAAUCUGGAUUAUAUCCGCAGCGCUCUGGAGAGCGUAGGAGUUACGCAUCAUAUCUGGCAAGGCGAUGGCAUCACUAAUUGUCUUCCACGGGGUACCAGAAGACUCUGGGAAGCUCUGAGAAGGAGAGAUCUGCCUAGUUACAAAUACAUAGAAAAGGUAUACUGGUGGACCGUCGAUCGAAUGUCUACGAUGAAGCGAACUUUGAGAAUGGGAGUUGAUGGCAUCAUAACAAAUCAUCCUCAUCGUUUGAUAAGAGUUUUGGAAGACGAUGAAUUUUCCAGCAAAUUAAGAUUGGCAACAAUUGACGACAGCCCUUGGCAGAAAUAUUCUCUAAGAUCUUCAGCAGACAUUAGUGACGUGCGUCCAGCUAACAAUGGAAACUAUUCCACGGAAGUUGAAGGAGAAGAGCUUUUGUACAAUUCCUAAUUAUAUGGGGCACAAAUUUUCAUUUAUGGAAGCAUAAAAAUACUGACCAGAAAACUUGAUAUCAUCAGAAGUAUCUGCUAGUCACCCAAAACGUUCUGCGUUUUAUUUUUAAUGACUAGCUGCCUCAAAGAGUUAUUGAAAGCAUGAAAAAAAUACAUACUGAUUUUCAUGAAUCCUGUUAAAGUAAUUUUACUGGUCCAGCUAGUAAUUAAUAAUAACUGAAAUUAGUCUGUAUUUAUUACUUUCAUAUCAUUUACUGGGUUAAUUAAGAACAGGAAAAAUUUGAAAGAUUAAAUACCUUAUGCUUUACGGAACGACAACAUAUACUGCAGCGUGGAAGAUAAAAAAUCCGAUGUGUACACCACAUGACAUCCUUGUACGGAAUAUUAAAUUAUACGCAUUUUUUCUUGCA